AUGGUGAGUGAUUUUACGUUUUCGAGUUUUCGCAUCAUUUAUACGCGCGUGUGUUUCGCGUUAGGACAAGGGCGUAAAUCAGAUCUUUCUGUACACACAUUUGCAUUCAACAUCAACGCAAGCCUUUCUCUUCCCAAAGAUGCCCUGAAAUACAAUAUAGAACAGAUUCACGUGAGAGAAUUAGUCAAAUGCAGUGGUUAG